CAUUCUUCCCCAGAGCAUCGGAAUCCACAACAAAUCGGACUACAGUGUAUCGCAAACGGAGAGGGCGGAGGCUGUACUAUGUGUAGUGUUUACGAGGAGUGCGGCGACAGCAAAAUUCUUCCAGGCCAGCGCACGCAGCUUUCACAAACUUGAGCGAUCGCAUGAUCAGUAUCGUCACGGUUUUGUUAUACCUCUGCUGGAUGAAGGAUAGAUCUGCUGAACCCCAACAGAAAUCUACAAAUCUAACAGAGGCCUUGCCAAAGGAAGAACUAUAUUCCGCGCAGUUUAUUCGCACAUGUUGGGCUGCUGUACGCGGGGACUCGACCGGUCACAGCUUGCUCAGGGAACCCCUUGUUCGUUAUGCGGAAAGGAUGCUUCAAUCGCAAACCCAACUGCCAAAGUAUACUACUAGUGUGUAAACAUAAGGACGGUAAUAAACAUGAAACGACGACGACGACGACGACCUAUUCCGUGUCUCAGGCCUAUUUGUGAGGUGAUAUUCCUGUUGCUCCAAUCCAUCGCCAAACCACAAUCUCCUCACCAUUCAGUUCCUGCACGUUCACUCGGAU